AUGGCCGACCCCGCGUCCCGCCGCGUCUCGGUGUUUCCCUCGCCGCAGGAGCUGGGCCCGGCCCUGGCGCAGCUGGUGGCGGAGCGGGCGGCGGCGACGGCCGGCGGCGGGCGCUUCUCGUUGGGUCUCUCGGGAGGGAGCUUAGUGGGGAUCCUCGCCCGGGACUUACCCGCCGUCGCCUCCCAAGGCCCCGCCGCGCCGGCCAGUUGGCUGGUGGCUUUCUGCGACGAGCGGCUGGUGCCGCCCGAGCACCCGGAGAGCACCGCCGGGGCCUACAAGGCCCAGCUGCUGCCGCGGCUGCCCGGCCCCGGGCCGCGGGUGCUGGCCCUCACCCCCGGGCUGCCCCCCGCCGCCGCCGCCGAUGACUACACCGCGCAGCUCCGCCAGGCUUUCCCGGGCGAGGACGUGCCCGUUUUCGACUUGCUGGUGCUGGGGGUCGGGCCGGACGGACACACUUGCUCCCUCUUCCCCGGCCACCCCCUGCUCCAGGAGAAAGAGAAAAUAGUUGCUGCUAUUACCGACUCUCCGAAGCCGCCGCCGGAGCGAAUAACGUUAACCCUGCCCGUGCUGAACGCGGCGCGGAUGGUUGUGUUCGUGGCGACGGGGGAAGGCAAAGCUGCCGUUUUAAAGCGCGUUUUGGAAGGCGACGAGGAAAACCCCCUUCCCGCCGCUCGCGUCCGGCCCCGCUCCGGGCAGCUGCGCUGGUUCCUGGACGCGUCGGCGGCCAAGGAGCUGACCGUCCCCGUCGAGAAACAUUCCGUCUUGUAGAGCCGACUGCCGGCCAGGCUCGGCUGACGGUAACCGCAGCACCGGCUGCGUGACAUUCCAGGUGAAGAACACCACGUUUGAUCGUAGCGCUCGGUUGUGGCACAAAACACGGGUUUUUGUAUUUUUUUCCCUUUUUCUGGACCAAACGGUGCUUUGCCGAGCACGAAUUUCCACGUAAUAAUUCCUUCGGUUCGGCGGGGGCCGGGCGCCAGGUUGGAAUCGCGCCCAGUGACGGCGUUCGCGCGGUUCGUUUCGGUCGUUGUGACGUGAAAGGGGUGCGCGAUAUUAAACGGACGGAUUUCGGCU